AUGGCCACGGUCAAACUCGGGACGCUGCUCAUCCGCACGCUUGCGAAGCCCAUCAGCGCACAGAUCAAGAAUCAGGCAAAAGAGUGCGUCGCCGUCUUCUGUCUGCCCGCCGCGCAUGAGCGCUUCCGCAAUGUGUGCGUGUCGCUGGCGCAGAUGAUGUAUAGGUACGAGAUCAAGCUGCGCACAAACCUCCUCGGCGAGCCCGCCAAGCACGUCCGCCCGCUCUCUGAAGCACGCGCGAUCGAGAACGGCGCCAACUUCCUCGCUGAAGGCUUCCUCUUCACCGUCGCCGCGGGGCUCAUCCUCAGCGAGACCUGGCGCUCGUCCCGCAGCUCCUCAAAGCGGCGCGACGACGUCGACGAGCGCAUCGAGGACGUCGCGCAGCGCGUGCAGGCACUCGUGCAGCGCGCGGAGGAGAGCGACGCGCGCGUGCUCGAGGAGCGGCAGAAGAACGAAGAGCUGACGCGCAUCCUCGAGCGCGUCGUCGAGAUCGGGCUCCGCGGCGGCUGGGUAGAGCUCGAAGACACGCCCCUGCGGAUACCGCGCCCGUCUCCGCGCGCCCACUCGCCCGCUUCCGACCUCCCGCCCUCCCCACCGUCUUCGUCUUCGUCUUCGUCUCCGUCUCCGUCUCUGUCCCCGCCUCUAGAGACGAACCGCACCGCCGGCGCAUGAUACCUGUCCCGCCCUUCCUCGCGUACGCGACACCCUAAUAUAUAGAUCACAAUAUCCCCACUU